AUGUCGACCAUGAAGCAAUGGAUUGUCGAGGGAAAGGACAAGGACUUCGACGGCCUGGUCUAUCAGGAUGCGCCGGUGCCGAGAGUCGGCGAGAGCGAGGUGCUGGUGAAGCUUCAAGCUGUGUCGCUAAACUACCGUGACUUGGUCAUUCCAAAGGGCAAAUACUUGUUACCGUGUAACUUCCCCAUUGUCCCUGCUUCCGACGGAGCUGGAGAGGUUGUCGAGGUCGGUUCUAAUGUUACCGAGUUCAAGAAGGGAGAUAAGGUGGCGACUCUGUUCAAUCAGGGACACCAGUACGGUGAGAUUGAUAUUCCCGCGACACACACUAGCUUGGGUGGGGAGAUUAAUGGUGCUCUGCGUGAAUAUGGCGUCUUUAACGAAAAGGGUCUCGUGAAGGCUGCCAGGAACCUCACCCCUCAAGAAAAUAGCACUCUAUCUUGUGCUGCUCUCACGAGUUGGAAUGCUUUAUACGGUCUGAAGCCAUUGAAGCCUGGUCAGACUGUCCUUGUCCAAGGAACCGGCGGUGUCAGCAUAUUCGGCUUGCAGUUUGCGAAAGCAGCCGGUGCAACCGUGAUCGCGACCACAUCCUCCGACCAGAAGGGCGAGAAGCUCAAAAAGCUCGGUGCCGACCAUGUUAUCAAUUAUAAGACCGACCCCAACUGGGGCGAAACCGCUCGCAAGCUCACCCCGGAUAGCGUGGGAGUGGAUCAUAUUAUUGAAGUUGGUGGACCUGGAACCAUGCGCCAGAGCUUCAACUGCAUCAAGUAUGAGGGUGUCAUCAGCGUGAUUGGGUUUUUGGCAGGCGUCAAGGCCCAAGACCAACCUGCCAUCUUGGACACGCUGAGCAACCUUUGCAUAGUCCGUGGUGUAUAUGUGGGUAGCAAGGCCCUUAUGCAAGAAAUGAUUCGCGCGAUCGAGGCCAACGAUAUCCACCCAGUUGUGGAUGAGAAGGUUUUCACUCUUGCGCAGGCCCGGAAGGCCUAUGAGUAUAUGUGGGCACAAAAACAUUUUGGAAAGUUGACCAUUAAGAUCAACUAA